AUGACUGUCCACCUAUUUGGUGGUGUUUGGAGCCCCAGCUGUGCCAACUUUGCUCUUCGUCGUACCAUUGAAUAUAAUGCAAGUGAAUUUCACCCCAAGGUAUUGCAGACUGUUAAAACGAACUUUUAUGUUGAUGAUUGCUUGAAGUCCGUGCCGUCAGCUGAUGAAGCUGUCUACCUCGUUCACCAAUUAAAGGAACUACUACUGCGGGGUGGAUUUCGACUUAACAAGUGGAUUUUUAACUGUACAGAAGUUAUCUAUUCACUACUUGAAGAGGAAUGGACUAAAGGUUUGAAGUGCUUAAAUAUGAACUUUGACAACCUUCCUUGUGAAAGAGCCUUGGGUAUGCUUUGGAAUGUUGAGCUAGAUCAAUUCCAGUUCAAUAUACAAGUGGAACCUAAGCCUAUGACACGUCGGGGACUGCUAAGUAUUGUAAGUUUCGUCUAUGAUCUCCUGGGAUACACUGGACCAUAUGUAUUGAGAGCAAAGAUGCUCUUUCAACAACUUUGUCGUCUUAACUAUGGUUGGGAUGAUACCAUACCACCAGAAAUUGCUGAGCAGUGGGGCCGAUGGCUCAAAGACAUUCACCUCAUGAGGUUUGUUUGUGGAGCAGGACUUGUACAAGAGACGCUGGCGUCAGAUACAAUAUAUGGCCAAUGUAUUCUGGAGACGUUGGUUAAGUGA